AUGCCUCAAAGACAAUCUGCCAAGGUGAGCCGGCGGACAUUCGCGACGACGCCAACAAGGCGGUCAGCCCAAAGCGAAGACGCUCCCUCGAUUCCACCACCUCUCAAGGGCAUUCGCAUCGUCGACCUCACUCGAGUACUCGCUGGUCCCUACGCUACCAUGCUACUCGCCGACCUGGGAGCAGACGUCAUCAAAGUCGAGCAUCCAAAAGGAGGUGACGAUACGCGAGCGUGGCUUCCUCCCUUCGCGCAGCCUCCGACCGGCAAAGAUGCACUCAAGCCGCCAGUGGGCAAGGAAGAUUAUUGGGCAUCCCUGCCUCCGGAAUCGGCUUACUUUCUCAGCGUCAACCGCUCCAAGCGAUCCAUCACGGUCGACCUCAAGUCGCCGGCGGGCAAAAAGAUCAUCUACGACCUCGUCGCGAAAGCGGAUGUUGUCGUCGAGAACUACCUCCCUGGCAAACUGGCCAGUAUGGGACUGGGCUACGAGGACCUGAAAAAGGUCAAGCCGGACAUCAUCUAUGCCAGUCUCACAGGCUACGGUCAGACCGGCUCGUAUCGCGACAAGGCAGGCUACGAUGUGAUCAUCGCAGCUGACGCAGGUCUGAUGCACAUCACGGGCGAAGCGGAUCGUCCUCCAGUCAAGAUCGGAGUCGCUAUGACGGACCUCACCACGGGGCUGUACGUGCACGGUGCUAUCAUGGCCGCGCUUCUGGGUCGUGCUCAGACGGGCAAAGGCGUCCACAUCGACGCGAGCCUGUUCGAGUCGCAGAUCGCAUCGCUGGCCAACAUCGCAUCCAACUACCUCAUCGCCGGCCAGGAAGCAGGACGACACGGUGACAAGCACCCCUCCAUCGUACCCUACCAGACCUUCCAGGCUAAAGACGGCAGGAUCAUGCUCGGCGCGGGUAACGAUGGCCAAUUCAAGUUCCUCUGCAAGCUGCUCGACCGACCGGAUCUCUCCUCCGACGUCAAGUACGCCACCAACGCCGCCCGCGUCGCCCAUCGCGAUACGCUCAUUCCGCUCAUCGACGAGCUGCUGCAGAAGAAGACGGUGCAGGAGUGGUGCGACCUCAUCAACGGCAAGAUCCCCGCUGCGCCGAUUCGCAAUAUCAAGGGCACGUUCGACGAGCAUCCGCAGAGUAAGGACAGGAAGGUGGUUGCCGAGGUGGAGCACCCAAGAGCGGGCAAGAUCAAGAUCGUCGCUCCAGCAGUGAGGUAUGGUGAGGGAAAGAUGAAGAUCACCAGGCCCCCACCGGUGUUAGGCCAGCACACGGAUGAGGUGCUGAUGGAGGAGUUGGGGUUGUCGCAGGGUGAGGUGGAGGAGUUGCGCAAGUCGGGGGCUAUUGGGCAGUGA